UGUGAUUACAUUUUGAUUAAGGUGUUUCUAGGUCAUUCCAGCUCAAUUGAAGUUGAAAUUCUUAAUGUGAUUGAUAUUCAUUCAUAUCCGGCGUUUGCAACUCUAAUUUUUUGUGAUCUACCCGACGACAACCUUUCGGCCACUGUUCUACUGCUUGGGGUCACCAGGAUUCCAACAUCCCCGGCUCCGACGCGUCGUGUUCAACUCUCUACGACGCAAAACAAUUCGUCGUCAUACAAAACAAAAUCGCGCAAGAAUUCUAUUUCCUCUAGUAAACGUAAUUCGUUCAAGGUACGAAAAAACUCUUCGAACUUUAACCUUUACGAAAAAUCUAGAACAGUUGCAGUUAACGAAAAUAGUAAAGGUAAAAACGGCACCGUUAAACGAACCUCUUUUGAAAAUCCAAAGCACACCACAAACACCAGUGUUUACCCUGAUAGCAAUGAAUUUAUUUCGAACCUGACGAAGCCUCAGAAGAGGAAAAGUCAAUUUUUGAAUAAAUUGUUCUCGAAUUCACCGUUAUUAUCAUCGGUCGGUCAAUGUAACAGUUUUAAGGGAAUCACUGAUAGCUACUUUUUUGAUCGAAAAUCUUCAGACGAUACGUCAUGUUUGGUAUCGCAUGAAAAUUUCCGUAUUAUUUUCGACGAUGAAUCAAAAUCGAAUGUUAUAUUAUUACCGAACGCUGAAAGUCCGCAUGUAGUUAUAAAUGAUCACGCAAUCGAAGGGACCACCCUAUUUACGACAUCUAAUACAUUCAUUACUAAUUCCUCCAAAACGAUUAUGGAUCGAUCAGUGGACUCUAUAGGGACUUGUUCUUUGGAUGUGGAAGGAUCUGUUAAUUAUCCAGGCCAAUCUGACCAAUCUUCUACGACCACUUUGAAAAGUAUUCGUUUGUCUACGUCUCCUCAGCUUGAACCCCACCUUCCUUCAUAUUUAAGUCUUGCUUGUACCGUCAACGGCUACUCUACAACCACCAACUAUAAUUCGGAUCGUUUAUCUAAAUCAAGAGAUGUUUCUCCUCAUCGUAUUCAGGAUGGAGAUUUGACAGGACCUUAUAACGAACCUGUUGCCGACUAUUCAGUAAGGAACAAUCUGCUUUCUCCACCUACUGUGGUACCACUACCAAUAAGCAACACAAAAAGACAGCAAAACAGCAAGGACAACAACAUCAUGGCAAACCACAGUAGUAUGUCUCAUCACGAGUACUUUUCUACUUCCAGCAGGAUCUUCUAUCAAACCCACGAGAGCAAAAGCUCUUACAUGGGCCACUACACUAGUAAAUGUUUCUCUGGGGCCACGUCGACUUCCAGUGCCCACAAUAGGAGCACGGCUAAAGAAUGUAAAGACGAAACCGAAACUAAAUCUUUCAUCCAACAGAGGGUGGAACGUCUGUAUGGACCAGGAGCGUUAGCUCAGGGAUUUUUUAUCAGUAAGCAUUCAACAUCUUUUGAUGAAGGGACGAAAUGCGACGAAUCCCACAUGAAGCAAAGCUGCAGCAGCCCCACACUUCCAGUUAUGAGACAUCUACGACCGGAGUUUCGUGCUCAACUGCCGAUUAUUAGUCCUAAGAAGAGUCUGGAUUCUGUUAUCCAAAAAGGUAACGCUUCCUUGAACUUAAAGGAAGAAACGAAGAAAAAUGGAGAAAUACUAGAGUCCGUCGUUACUAAUACAAAAAAAAUUAAUGGAAACGUAAAUAACGAAGAUGUAAUUAUGCCGAGUCUUAGAAAAUGCGUUAACGGGAAAUUGUCUGAAAUCACUCUAAAAGACGAGACAGUGAAGGACGGUCACUAUUUCCUAAAAAUUCUUGAUGCCGAAACGGAAAGAUUACUGCAAUUGGCCAAUCAAAUAGAAAAUGAGCUGGAAAAUCUUUCGUUAUCAGAGGAAAUUAAAGGAAAAUUACGGUCAGCUUCAGGCAAGGCUAGGCUUUUAACAUCUCAGAAGAUGCAACAGUUUCGGGGACUUUGUGCAAAUAAUAUCAGUAGAUGUGAAAAUGACGCGUUCCCCACUACAAAUGAGGAUCUUCAGGGCUUCUGGGACAUGGUAUUGUUGCAAGUGGAACAAGUAAACGACAUUUUUAAAGAAAUUGAUGAACUUAGAGUGAACAAUUGGGUAGAAAAACAAUCUAAUGACACAGUAGAUAACGGAAUGAAGAAGGGUAAUGGUGUGAACGGAGUUGCAAAAUUAAAAAAAGUUCCAAAACCCAUGUCAGCAGCUAGUCAAGAGGCUAAAAAACAGAGGGAUGCUCAAAGAAAACAAAUGAUUGAGGCAAGAAGAAAGGCUAUGAAAGAGCAGAGGAAUAUUGACAACAUUCAAAUAUUUGUUCCCGAAUCCAGCUGAGAUUUGCCUUAAUUUUAGCCUAUUUUUAAAUUGAUUACUCCGUAGAAAAAAAGCAAGAAGAUAAAUUCUGUCUAUACAUGUUCGAAAUUUUAAAAUAUUACGAUCUUAAGCUAAAAUGAGGUGAUAUAUUAUUUAACGGACUCUUUUUUUUUUUAUUUAUAUUUUAUAUUUAAAGAUACGCCUUUUUAUACGUUUCUAUUUAAUAAGUAAAAUUUUUCAAGUCUACAUAUAUGUUUUCUCUUUCAGCAUAUAUUGUAUAGGUUUUUUUUUAUUUGUUCGGAGAGUUUUUUUACGUUAUUUGACGAAGACUGAUGAAAGGUUUUUCAUGUAUUUUUUAUUGUUAUGUAAUCAUCAUACAUCUGUUUAAAAAAAAAACAUUCCGAGCAGUUUUUUGUUAUACCGAAACUGUUAAAUUUUACCAAUUUAUUAUUUGAUUAUUAUCGUGUAAAUCCCUUGUUGACUUCGAUUUUAUUUCUCAAUAUUAAUAAGCACAUUGUAUUUUACAAUCUUUAAUUCUAAAUUUUUUUGUAUUUUAACUAAAACACAUCAGUGGUGGUUUAGGCAAAACAAGACUCAUGUUUAAUUUAAGUAUCAAUUAUCAGUUUAAUAAAGUAUGCUACAUUUUUUUACUUUAA